AUGAAGGCCCUUAUUCUCGUUGGUGGCUUUGGCACCCGUCUGCGCCCUCUCACCCUCACCCUCCCCAAGCCAUUGGUCGAGUUCGGCAACAAGCCUAUGAUUCUGCACCAGGUUGAAGCUCUGGCAGCAGCUGGCGUCACAGAUAUCGUACUAGCUGUGAACUACAGACCCGAGAUUAUGGAGAAGCAUCUGGCAGAAUACGAAUCCCGGUUUAACGUCAAAAUCACCUUCUCUAUUGAGUCAGAACCCCUUGGUACUGCAGGCCCCCUUAAGCUCGCAGAAGAGAUCCUUGGAAAGGACGAUACCCCAUUCUUUGUUCUGAACUCCGAUGUUAUCUGCGAAUACCCCUUUGGAGAUCUCGCCGAUUUCCACAAGAGCCAUGGCGAUGAGGGUACUAUUGUAGUCACAAAGGUCGAGGAGCCCUCGAAAUAUGGUGUGGUUGUUCACAAGCCUAAUCAUGCUUCGCGGAUUGACCGAUUCGUUGAGAAGCCCGUUGAAUUCGUUGGCAACCGUAUCAACGCCGGAAUUUACAUCCUGAACCCAAGCGUUCUGAAGCGCAUCGAGUUGCGCCCUACCUCUAUCGAGCAAGAGACCUUCCCAGCCAUCUGCGCAGAUGGUCAAUUACAUUCUUUCGACUUGGAUGGCUUCUGGAUGGACGUUGGUCAACCAAAGGAUUUCCUAUCUGGAACCUGUCUUUACCUUUCCUCGCUCACAAAGAAGAGCUCGAAACUCCUUGCUUCUUCCAGCUUGCCAUACGUACACGGCGGCAAUGUUUUGAUUGACCCCUCCGCGAAGAUUGGCAAGAACUGCAGAAUCGGGCCCAACGUUACCAUUGGCCCAGAUGCUGUCAUUGGUGAUGGUGUCCGCCUACAGCGUUGUGUCAUUCUCGCAGGAUCGAAGAUCAAGGACCACGCCUGGGUCAAGAGUACCAUUGUCGGCUGGAACUCCACCGUAGGCAAGUGGGCACGAUUGGAGAACGUUAGUGUACUGGGAGACGAUGUCACAAUCGGCGACGAGAUCUACGUCAACGGGGGAAGCAUCCUGCCACAUAAGAGCAUCAAGGUCAACGUCGACGUUCCUGCGAUUAUUAUGUAA